CACGUUGCAUGCACGAGUCGAAUCAAACGAUAGAGAUUAAACCCCUUCUCUGCACGAAUGAAGGCCAGUUUGAUAAUAGCUUUAUUAGUCUCGUAAAACGCACACAGCUAUCAAAGUAGUACUGUUACAGUGUUGUACUAUUUGUAAGAAGAAAAAAUCAAAGAGUGUGUGAGUAACUAUUGUUUUGAGAUCAAAAAUGGGGAGAAAACCAAAGGUCGAAGCAAGACGUGUGAGCAAGCGAAUAGCAGAAGCAAAACGUGUGAUAAAUCCGAUAGUUGGCCUGGAAGCAACACAUAAGAAGAAACCAAAAGUUGCCGGAGCAAAAGGAACUGGAAGGAAGACAAAAGUAACAAAGGUCGUCCAUGACCGGAAAAAGAUAGUACUAUCUUCUAAGAAGAUAAAAGCUAUUAAGGAAGCAUCCAAGAAUGAGAGAGGCAAAAGGCCCUUUGCAAGUGAAGUUACACAGACAGACAUCAGCUACAAAACUCUGUAUAUCAACUCGCAAAGAAAGGUUGAGAAUUUGACGGAGGAAAACUAUAAACAAGCCAUUGAUUUGAGCUACCGCUGUGGACAAGUCGAUGCAUACGAGUAUAUAAUAGGAAAUAUGAAGAAUGUGGUUGCCUCGUCAAAUGUAAUGAGAGUAACUGAUGCAGAGAUGAACUUGCCGGAAGGAACUGCUACAGAUGCUCCUCCUCUGAAUGCUGGCACUGAACCUGAACCAUCUCGGACUACGAAGAACUCAUAGAAAGUGUGCUCCUCCCUAGGAAGUGAAUGUUUUUUGACUGCCUGUCCUAAACUAAGUAGGCUAUCUAUUUAUUUGGUGCUUUUGGUAAAAUGUGUACAUAUAUGGUGAAACUAGCAACUCUGGUUGGUCUUUAGCCUGUUAAUUUUCACAGGCAGUAUCGGACGGUUUCUUAGCAGCUAGUAUGGACUCUUGUUGGUAAAGCUGGAAGUCGAUUUUGAAUGUAAUCUAUUGAUGUCUUACCCUUUUCAAUAAAUCAAACUAUUUAUGAUCA